GCCAGAGAGGGAGCCGCCGUGCAGUUAUGUGGCACAUUGUUUCCACUGCUCCGAUGCGAAACGCCGUUUCACGUUUGCUCAUCCAUCAAAAGCAUCCAGCCACAGUAUUGGCAACAAGCCUCCCCCGAAAUUAUGGCCGGGGGCGACAUUGGAACAAUUUUUUGGCGAAAAUGUUUGGCAAAUAUUUGGCCGUUACGAAUAUUGUGGGGUCCGGACUUCUGCUGGUGGCCGGCGACGCAGUCACACAACAAUAUGAAAGAGCCGUUCAUAAGAGAUUGUUCGACUUUCACCGUUCGGGAUGCAUGUUCCUAACGGGUUUGGCUGUUGGCCCAGUGCAGCAUGCAUUCUAUAGUCACCUAGAUGAAUACCUGCCGGAUUCGAAACGUAUUACUGCAGUGAAGAAGAUCUUUUUCGAUCAGAUGUUCAUGUCGCCAACAUAUAUAUUUCUGUUCUUCUAUGUAUCCAGCCUGCUGGAGGGCAAAACAAUCAGGGAGUCUAAUGCAGAAAUUCGCGAGAAAUUCCUAUACACCUGGAUGAUCGACUGUUUGAUCUGGCCAGCAGUACAGUACCUGAAUUUUCGCUUUCUCAAUCCCAGGCAUCGUGUGGUCUUCAUAAACGUGACCAACUGUAUGUACAUAGUCCUGCUCUCUUAUAUAAAGCACGAUUGGGCCCUCCAUAAUCAAAAUCCUGAAAUAAAAGAAAAAUCCGACUAGAAUCCAUA